UUCAACCACCCCAUCUGCACUUAGUGCACCAACGCCAACCGUAUUUCGCGGCAGCACGACUACGAGCAAUUCGAAUUUGCCGCUCCUAAUGCCCAUUGCUUGAGAUUUACAUCCCACUCUAAUAGCUUCCCACGAUGUCCGGACAUCCACAGGGAGGCCAAUACGACGACGGCUACGGCCAGACUCAAGGCCACGCCCAGGGCCAGCCUCAGGGCCAGGACGCCUACUACCACGACGACCAGUAUGGCCAGUAUCACGACGACGCCCACGGCGCCCAGUACCAGCAGCAGGGCCAGCACACCGAUUCCUACUAUGACGAACAAGGUUACUACGACGGCCAGCAGGGCGGUCAAUACCAACAAAACGGCUACUACGACGAACGCGGCCAACAGGGCUACCAGGACGAGUAUUACAACGACCAGUACUACGACCAAGGUGGUGCGCAAGACGGCUACGCGGCCAACGGCCAGCAGCCCCGUCGCCGUCAGCACGACUCCGAGGAAGACUCUGAGACUUUCAGCGACUUUACCAUGCGUUCCGACAUGGCUCGUGCCACCGACAUGGACUAUUACGGUCGUGGCGACGAGAGGUACAACAGCUACGCCGAGGGCAACCGCGGCUACCGUCCUCCUUCGUCUCAAGUCUCAUAUGGUGGCAACCGCUCGUCGGGUGCUUCAACGCCAAUCUACGGCAUGGACUACUCCAACGCCCUUCCCGCUGGACAGCGCUCUCGUGAGCCCUACCCGGCGUGGACCGCCGAAGCCCAGAUCCCCUGCACCAAGGAGGAGAUUGAGGACAUCUUUCUCGACUUGACCGCUAAGUUCGGUUUCCAGCGUGACAGCAUGCGCAACAUGUACGACCAUUUCAUGACCCUGCUCGAUUCGCGUGCGUCCCGCAUGUCGCCCAACCAAGCACUUCUGUCGCUGCACGCCGAUUACAUCGGAGGAGAGAACGCCAACUACCGCCGAUGGUACUUCGCUGCACAUCUCGAUCUGGAUGAUGCCGUCGGCUUCGCCAACAUGAACCUUGGAAAGGCCAACCGCCGCACUCGCAAGGCUCGCAAGGCCGCCAAGAAGAAGGCCGGCGAGAAUCCAGGCAACGAGCAGGAAACUCUCGACGCUUACGAAGGCGACAACAGUCUGGAGGCGGCCGAAUACCGCUGGAAGACUCGCAUGAACCGCAUGUCGCAACACGACCGUGUCCGUCAAGUCGCCCUGUACCUCCUUUGCUGGGGAGAGGCCAACCAGGUCCGUUUCAUGCCUGAGUUGAUGUGCUUCAUCUUCAAGUGCGCCGACGACUGGCUAAACUCGCCUGCUGGACAAGCUCAGACAGAGCCAAUCGAGGAGUUCACCUACCUCAACAAUAUCAUCACGCCGUUGUACCAGUACUGCCGUGAUCAAGGUUACGAGAUCCAAGACGGCAAGUACGUCCGUCGAGAACGCGAUCACGCAGCCAUCAUUGGAUACGAUGACAUGAACCAACUGUUCUGGUACCCAGAGGGUCUUGAGCGCAUCGUAUUCGAGGACAAGUCUCGUCUUGUUGAUAUCCCGCCGGCUGAGCGUUACGCAAAGUUGAAAGACGUCCUUUGGAAGAAGGUCUUCUUCAAGACCUACUACGAGCGCCGUUCUUGGUUCCACAUGGUUAUCAACUUCAACCGUAUCUGGGUCAUCCAUCUGACUUCGUUCUGGUUCUACACGGCCUUCAACUCCCAGCCUCUAUACACCAAGGGCUAUACACAGCAGGAGGAUCAGAAGCCUGAGAAGGCCGCUACCCUGUCCGCAGUUGCUCUAGGUGGCACCAUUGCUGCCUUUAUCCAAAUCUUCGCUACUAUCUGCGAGUGGUGCUACGUUCCUCGACGAUGGGCAGGUGCUCAGCAUCUUACCAAGCGUCUCUUGUUCCUCAUCUUGGUCUUCGUCGUCAACGUUGCUCCCAGUGUGUACAUCUUUGGCAUGGACAAGCGAACCGGCACUAUCCCCAACGUUCUCGGUGGCGUUCAGUUCGCUAUCGCUUUGGCCACCUUCGUCUUCUUCUCGCUCAUGCCCAUCGGAGGUCUGUUCGGCAGCUAUCUGACGCGCAACUCUCGCAAGUAUGUCGCAAGUCAGACGUUUACUGCCAGUUACCCUCGUCUCAACGGCAACGACAUGUGGAUGUCUUAUGGACUCUGGGUCUUGGUCUUCGCUGCCAAGCUUGCCGAGUCCUACUUCUUCCUGACACUGUCGAUCAAGGACCCCAUUCGCAUCCUGUCACACAUGAAGAAGCCUUCUUGCCUCGGAGACGCUAUCAUUGGUGACAUCCUUUGCAAGUACCAGCCUAGAAUCUUGCUCGGUCUCAUGUACUUCAUGGACUUGAUCCUGUUCUUCUUGGAUUCUUACCUUUGGUACAUCAUUGCAAACAUGUUGUUCUCCGUUUCUCGGUCUUUCUACUUGGGUGUCUCAAUCUGGACACCAUGGAGGAACAUCUUCUCUCGUCUGCCCAAGCGUAUCUACUCAAAGGUUCUCGCCACCACCGAUAUGGAGAUCAAGUACAAGCCCAAGGUCCUCAUCUCUCAAAUCUGGAACGCUGUGGUCAUUUCCAUGUACCGCGAGCAUCUCCUUGCCAUCGACCAUGUCCAGAAGCUUCUUUACCAUCAGGUUCCUUCUGAGCAAGAGGGCAAGCGCACUCUACGUGCUCCUACCUUCUUUGUCUCUCAGGAAGAUCACUCCUUCAAGACUGAGUUCUUCCCUGCUCAGAGCGAAGCCGAACGCCGUAUUUCUUUCUUCGCUCAGUCGUUGUCGACUCCGAUUCCCGAGCCCCUUCCCGUUGACAACAUGCCAACCUUCACAGUCUUGAUUCCUCACUACGGUGAAAAGAUCCUGUUGUCUCUCCGUGAGAUCAUUCGCGAGGAUGAGCCUUAUUCCCGUGUCACCCUUCUUGAGUACCUCAAGCAGCUUCAUCCUCACGAGUGGGACUGCUUUGUCAAGGACACCAAGAUCCUUGCCGAUGAGACCUCUCAAUUCAACGGUGACGACGAAAAGGGCGAGAAGGAUACCGCUAAGAGCAAGAUUGACGAUCUUCCUUUCUACUGCAUCGGUUUCAAGUCCGCCGCGCCUGAGUACACGCUCCGUACUCGUAUCUGGGCCUCUCUUCGUUCGCAGACUCUCUACCGUACUAUCUCUGGUUUCAUGAACUACAGCCGCGCUAUCAAGCUUCUCUACCGCGUAGAGAACCCUGAAGUCGUCCAGAUGUUCGGUGGCAACUCUGACAAGCUUGAGCGUGAACUGGAGCGUAUGGCUAGGCGCAAGUACAAGAUCUGCGUUUCUAUGCAGCGUUACGCCAAGUUUAGCAAGGAGGAACGUGAGAACACCGAGUUCCUUCUCCGCGCUUACCCCGACCUUCAAAUUGCCUACCUGGACGAGGAGCCUCCUGUUAACGAAGGCGAAGAACCGCGUAUCUACUCUGCUCUCAUCGAUGGUCACUCUGAGAUCAUGGACAACGGCAUGCGUCGUCCCAAGUUCCGCAUUCAACUCUCCGGUAACCCAAUUCUUGGUGAUGGCAAGUCCGACAACCAGAACCACUCCAUCAUCUUUUACCGCGGAGAGUACAUUCAGCUCAUCGACGCUAAUCAGGACAACUAUCUCGAAGAGUGCCUCAAGAUUCGCAGCGUUCUCGCUGAGUUCGAAGAGAUGACUACCGAUAAUGUCUCACCUUACACUCCUGGCCUUCCUAGCUCCAACUUCAACCCUGUCGCCAUUCUCGGAGCCCGUGAAUACAUUUUCUCUGAGAACAUUGGUAUCCUUGGUGACAUUGCUGCCGGAAAGGAACAGACGUUCGGUACUAUGUUUGCUCGUACAUUGGCUCAAAUUGGAGGUAAGCUCCAUUACGGUCAUCCUGAUUUCCUCAACGGUAUCUUCAUGACAACACGUGGUGGUGUCUCCAAGGCACAGAAGGGUCUCCAUCUCAACGAGGAUAUUUACGCCGGUAUGAACGCUCUUCUCCGUGGUGGUCGCAUAAAGCACUGCGAGUACUACCAGUGUGGUAAGGGUCGUGAUCUUGGUUUCGGUUCCGUCCUCAAUUUCACCACCAAGAUUGGUACAGGUAUGGGAGAGCAGAUGCUGUCUCGCGAGUACUACUACAUGGGUACCCAACUUCCUCUCGAUCGAUUCCUGUCAUUCUACUACGCCCAUCCCGGUUUCCACAUCAAUAACAUGUUCAUCAUGUUGUCGGUCCAGUGCUUCAUGUUUGUACUCCUCCACUUGGGCGCGCUCAACCACGAGACCAUUCUCUGCCAGUUCAACAAGGAUCUUCCUAUCACCGAUCCUCAGUGGCCCAAUGGUUGCGCCAACCUGGUACCCGUAUUCGACUGGGUCUCGCGUUGUAUCGUUUCCAUCUUCAUCGUCUUCUUCAUCUCUUUCGUUCCCCUUGUGGUUCAAGAGUUGACUGAGCGUGGUUUCUGGCGUGCCGCGACUCGUCUCGCAAAGCACUUCUCCUCCGGAUCGCCCUUCUUCGAGGUUUUCGUCACUCAGAUCUACGCCAACGCCCUUCAAACCAACUUGUCCUAUGGUGGUGCUCGUUACAUUGGUACUGGACGUGGUUUCGCGACAGCUCGUAUUCCCUUCGGUAUCUUGUUCUCACGAUUCGCCGGUCCUUCCAUCUACCUUGGAGCCCGUUCUUUGAUGAUGCUUCUGUUUGCCACCAUCACAGUUUGGGGCCCAUGGCUUAUCUACUUCUGGGCAUCCCUGUUGUCCCUGUGCCUGGCACCGUUCCUCUUCAACCCCCAUCAGUUCUCAUGGGAUGAUUUCUUCAUCGACUACAGGGAGUACCUUCGCUGGCUGUCUCGAGGAAACACCCGCUCCCACAGUGCCUCCUGGAUCGGAUACUGCCGUCUCUCGCGUACGCGUAUCACUGGUUUCAAGCGCAAGGCUCUCGGUGACCCAUCUGCCAAGCUUUCUGGCGAUGUUCCUCGUGCUCACUUCACAACCAUCUUUAUGAGCGAGAUAUUCGGACCUCUUGUCUUGGUCGCCAUUACCAUCAUCCCCUUCUUGUUCAUCAAUGCCCAGACUGGUGUGAAUGACAACCGCCACACGGAAGAUGAAUCUGCUGAUCUUGACAAGCCAGCGGCAUCUGGUGCUCUGGUCCGAAUCGGACUCAUCGCAUUCGGUCCCAUCGCCAUUAAUGCUGGUGCUCUUAUGGGUUUCUUCGCUUUGGCUUGUUGCGCGGGUCCCCUGCUCAGCAUGUGCUGCAAGAAAUUUGGAGCUGUUUUGGCUGCCAUUGCGCACGCCAUUGCUGUUCUUGUUCUCCUCAUCUUCUUCGUUGUCCUCAUGUUCCUCGAGGGCUUCAGCUUCCCCAGAGCUUUGUCUGGUAUGAUCGCCGUUGUCGCUAUCCAGCGAUUUUUCUUCAAGCUGAUCAUCACGCUUGCUCUCACUCGUGAGUUCAAGGCUGACACCGCCAACAUUGCCUGGUGGACCGGAAAGUGGUACACAAUGGGAUGGCACACAAUCUCUCAGCCCGGUCGUGAAUUCCUGUGCAAGAUCACUGAGUUGGGCAUGUUCGCCGCUGAUUUCAUUCUCGGCCACGUGCUCCUCUUCUUCAUGCUUCCGAUCUUGUUGAUCCCAUACGCCGACAGGGGUCACUCUGUCAUGUUGUUCUGGCUGCGACCUAGUCGUCAAAUUCGUCCUCCGAUCUACUCGCUCAAGCAGACCAAGCUCCGCAAGCGUCGCGUCAUCCGCUACGCUAUCCUGUACUUCGUCCUCCUUGUUGUCUUCUUGUGCUUGAUCGUGGGCCCAAUAGUCGCCGGCAAGUAUAUCAAGCUGGACGUCAAACUGCCUUUGGAGAUCAUGCAGCCUACUGGAUACAGCAACAACGAUACCACAAACACUCCUACUGGAAGGUGUGUCAACGGUAUGAAAUGUCCAUUAUGGAACGAUGGUAGCGACGCCACCGGUGGAGGUGGUGGCGGUGGUGCCGCUGCGACCGACGAUGCCGCUCGCCGAUUCCGUCGGUACAUGGCAUACUAAAAGCGCACAUUGCGAAUCGUUGUCUACUGCUUUCGCAGCCUGCAUUGUACAAUAUUGGCAAAUCAUGAGCGUGGCGACAUGGCUUGGUCCCAUAAUGAUUGUAAUAUCCACUACAGCAUUUCCUUCGUUUUUGGCGUUCUACGGCGGGCUACAUUGACCUGCUUUCUCUCUUUCUGAACACAUUGGUG